AUGAUCAAAGCAGAAGCGAGCUUCGCCGGCCGACACAGUCGAGUAGGAUCGCGCACUCAUGUCAGGAUAGGCAGCCUGUCUACCCGACACGCAAAGUCUGCAAGCACGAGUACGGUGAGGAGCACGAAAGGCUACACUCGCCUAGAUCGGACAAGUCUCGAUGAGAGCUUCUCGGACGAGGAGAAGGGAAAUCCCAACGGAACGGCUGUCUCGCCCGCUUCUGAGUUCUCGGGCUUGCCUUUGCCUGCAGGCAAGUCGAGGCACAGCUGGAUACCCAACUUCAGACGAACGGAGAAUGAUCUCAACAGUCGAAUAGAGAAAGACGAGCCACCCGCGCGCGGCAAAGCAAGGCGACGAUGUGGUCUGUCAGUGAUCUUGACGCUCACCAUCAUUGCCAUCUCGCUGGGCACGGCAGUCGUGUGGACAAUCAGCCAGACUUUCGAGUCCGAUGAUGCUACGUCGUUGACCGGAACGCUAUCUGAGCUAUGGUCCAACCUCGUACAUCCCAAUGCUGCCCAAAACACUUCAGUCUUGCCCUUGACGGGUCUGAGCUCCAGCACUGGCACUUCGAGCGAGAUGGUGCCGGCUAUUGUCACCACAUCGACAGCAGCCUCGCAACCCACGCGUGUCUUGCAGGAAAACAAGGUCGUCUUGCUUACGCCGGGCAGCACACCGAAUACAGCCCUUGCCGCGGUACAGACAGAUGUGAAAUCAUCCGUAGCAUCAACCGCUGCAGCGCAGUAUCUAGACACGCGUCCUGUCAUUCGCAAAGCGCCCGUCUCGGCCUUCGCGCUUGAGCUAGCAAAGAAGCAGCACCGGCAGAUCGACGUACACGAUGUCAAGUACAUGACGUACCUACCGCAUUCGGGCUUUCACAAUCAGCGUAUCGAGUUACAAAACGCGCUCUUGCUCGCGCACAUGCUCAAUCGUACCCUCCUUCUGCCGCCAUUACGUCUGGGUUUCGCACUCGGGUGGCAGACGAAGGAGCUCCUUUACGAGAGCACGGUAUUGACGGACAAGAACACGCUGCGAAAGAAAUGCGAGAAGUUUGUGACUGAGCUAGAAUGGCGCAAGGAUCAUCCGGAAGCAAAGACGUAUACCCCUCUAGAGACAGCGCCGGAACUGGUCAGCUCGAACAAAGGCAGCGAGAUCAGGCCAAUGAGUAAAGGCCAGAUGUCGGCUUGCAAGGAGUAUAUCAGCUACACGCAGGUCGAAUGGGAUUUCAUUGCCGACGUCAGAGCACGAGUCGAGUCUCAACUGCCACUCGUAGACCGAUGGAACUCUUCCAAUGCUUGGUACACGACAUCGAUUGCUAAAGGUGGUCUUGGCUUAAAGCCAUCUGAGGUCGAAUACUUUACAGACGAAGCUCGAUAUGAUCUCUAUUUUGUGGGCGACACUCAUUCUCCGCCUCGCAAUACCGACAAAGAUUGGAAAAGGCGGUUCGAUAUCGAGCAGCUCAUGAGUCCACCUUACAUUGAGAAGCGUCUCUUCGAUUUUGGAUCGAUGUAUGGAUCUGCGCGCGUCACGCCUACUGAGCCGAGAGACAUCGAUUUCGCUCGUCAAGUGGGCAAGUCACUCGUGUUCCGGAUACCCCUCUUGGAACCCAUCGCUGCUCAGAUCAGCUCGAUGAUGGGUGGCAUGAGCAACUACAUCGGUCUGCACCUGCGUAUUGGCGAUGGCGUAUUCUUCCGUCAUUCGGAUCAAUUCAUGCGGGAAGUCUUCUUCGCUUUAUGCGAGUCUACACUCGGUCUGUCGAAGGAGACGACAGAAAAGCUCUAUACGCAAGGCAAAGUCAAAGUAGACAUGCUCAGCAAUGCUCAUGAGAAGCGUUCGCACGAAGCUAGCUACGACCUAACAGAAGGCUUGACUCCUGAUGAUCUCCUGCCUAACGAGCCGAGCUCCCCCAAUCGACGUAGGCUGCUCAAAAGAGCUCGACCUUCGCCCAAACGAUUGUCAUCUGCUCUGACUUGUCGAGGCGAGCUACACAAGGACCCAGAACUGUUGCCGCUCAAUACGCCGGUCUACAUCGCGACAGACUCGCAUCAUCCCUCGAGCGACGCCGUUCUCGCGCCCUUCUUCCAUGCGCUACCUUGUGCUUUCGUUCUUGGCGAUUUCCAAGGCUCAGAAUACAAUUCGGCGCCCCUUGCAGCAUUCGCAUCUUUGCAGAACGUACGCAACAAGCUAGACGGCGUCAAGAUGGCGCCGUUCUUAUACCCCUUUCUGGAAGCCAUGAUUGUCGCCCGAGGCUACACAGUCGUCGGCACGCCAGGCUCGACGUUCAGCGGCUUCAGCUCGGGCGUCCUGCAUCGCACUUACAAGCACGAAGCAAAGCAGACGAAAUCGCACCUGCAAUCGCGCUCGCACUAG